CCCUAGGUGGACCUCUGGGUAGGGUUUGCAAAUCCAUGGCUGCGGGCACAGAGAGGAACCAGAGAAUGCGAGAGCUGUGAUCGAUCGCCAGCCCUCGGCCGCCUCUUCCAUCAAUGGAUUACUACAGCGUCCUCAAGGUCGGGAAGAAUGCGAGCGACGACGAUCUUAAGAAGGCUUACCGCCGCCUGGCCAUGAAAUGGCAUCCGGACAAGAACCCCACCAACAAGAAGGAGGCCGAGGCCAAGUUCAAGCAGAUCUCCGAGGCUUACGAGGUUCUUAGCGAUCCUCAAAAGCGUCAAGUGUAUGAUCAGUAUGGAGAGGAGGGAUUGAAGGGGCAAAUACCGCAGCAAGGGAAUGGAAGCUUUAGAUUCAAUCCCAGGAACGCCGAGGACAUAUUUGCCGAGUUUUUUGGGAGUUCCAGCCCGUUUGGAUCCAUGGGUGGCCGCGCUGGCGGUGGUCGCAGCCCCUUUGAUGGAAUGUUUGGAGGAUUUGGAGGCACCGAGAAUUCUUUCCGAUCGUUUGGUGCCGAGGGAGCCACUUCCAGCCGCAAGGCUCCGCCGGUGGAGAACAAGCUCCAGUGCACGCUCGAUGAGCUCUACAAUGGCUCCACCAGGAAAAUGAAGAUCUCGAGAAACGUUGUCGAUUCUACUGGGAAGAUUGCUCCCAUAGAAGAGAUACUGACGAUCGAUGUAAAGCCCGGGUGGAAAAAAGGGACGAGGAUCACCUUCCCAGAGAAAGGCAACGAACAACCAAACGUUGUUCCGGCAGACCUUGUGUUCGUCAUCGACGAGAGACCUCACGAAGUUUUCAAGCGCGAUGGGAACGACCUCAUAGUGGUGAAGCGAAUCUCACUCUCCGAGUCACUUACGGGAUACACGGCAGUCAUCCACACUCUAGACGGGAGAGUUCUCAGCGUACCAAUCACAGAUAUAAUUCACCCGGGUUACGAGAAGGUGGUACACAAGGAAGGAAUGCCGAUUGCAAAGGAGCCAGGGAAGAAGGGAGUUCUCAAGAUUAGAUUCGACAUAAGGUUUCCACCCAGGCUAUCGCUGGAACAAAAGGCUGGGCUCAAGAAAAUUCUCGGUGGAGGUCCAGGGUAGCGAUCGAUCCAGAGACACGAAAGAUGGGAAUUAAAAAACUUUCUUAAUACCUGGGGGGGAGCGGGGUGGAAAGCACAGAUAAACUGAGGUUUGUGCCCGGGCCUGGAGCAGCAGCGAGAAAAGCUGUCGAAAGAAGAUCGAUCGAGUCAGAGAAAAACCAAGAGAGAGGUUCUGCAGCUAAGUAUGUCCAUUUUGUAACAUAACUAGAAGCAGCUGCUUACCAGACUCGAGGAUUUUUUUUUUUUUGUUCACUCUGGGAGGUGGAUAAUUUUUUCUUCUUUUCUCUUCAAGCUAAAUGUUGAAAGUGGAAGUUUUGUUC